AUGGCUCGUACACGUAGAUCAAGAAACGUGAAUCGAAACCCCAAACGGAAGCUAUACAGUGCUGAGGCUUUGGAAAACGCAGUUUCCGAAGCACGCAGGACAGGUAAGCUGCGCAAGGCGGCAAAACUCUAUGAUAUUCCGUAUGCAACGGUUUAUCGCUACCUUAAGCAUCCUCCAAGGAAUGACAGACCUGGACCCUCGACCUUACUGCGACCAGAAGAAGAAGCUCGUUUCGAACAGUGGGCGCUUUACAUGGCCCGAGCCGGAUUUCCGAUAAGCGAGGCUGAUUUGACAUACACUGUGAAAGACUACGCCGCAAAAAAUCGUGAGACGCGUGAUUUACCUGCUUCUUUUCCAAGUAAGAAUUGGGUUCGCCGUUUUUUGCAAAGACAUCCAUCAAUCAAAAAAAAGUUUACCACAAAUCUGUCAAGAUCGGGAGCUAAUGUAACCGAGAAUAUCUUGCGAAUGUGGUUUUCGGAAAUUGAAGACAUUUUCGAGGAAGAGGGUAUAGACAUGUCAAUCUUUAAUUCCCCAAGUCGAAUAUUUAACUUCGACGAGUCCGGAUUUAGGCUGGUACCAAAAUCAUUCAAGGCCCUUUGCGAUAAUAACACUGAAAACACCUACAUCGUUAAUAACAAUUCCGAUAAAGAGAGCUAUACUAGUCUUUUCGGAGCCAACGCAGCUGGUGAGCUGACUCCGCCUAUGAUUCUUUUUCCGGGACAAAGAAUCAGUCGGGAAAUCGCGGAAAGCAUUCCCAAAGGCUGGUCAGUAGGUGUUUCCGAAGAAGGAUGGCAGACAUCUAAAACCUUCUACGAAUACAUGGUUAAUGAUUAUUAUAAUUGGUUGCUAAAGUCUAAAAUUGAGCUUCCAGUAGUUGUUUUUCUGGAUGGCCAUAAGAGCCACAUCAGUAUAGAGUUGAUGGAGUUCUGCAAACAACAUCAGAUAAUACUGGCUUCUCUCUACCCCAAUUCCACAAGAAUUCUCCAACCAUUGGAUCGAUCGUUCUUUGGCCCUUUCAAGAAUAUUUGGAACAAGGUUCUAAAGAAAUUUCAACUGGGUGAUGCGAGCAAUUCAACACACGACAGUGGUGAUUGUCUUGUUGAACCUGAAGCUUCUAGCGCCCACUCAGAUUCUCUAAAUCCUGCCUCAAAAGACAAUUUGAUGGAAAAUGUUACAGUGGAGACUACAGGUGCAUCCGAUACAAAUCCUAAAGAUCCCUUUGAGGAAGUCCUAGUUUGGCCGAGAAUUCGCACUGAUGUUCCAAAUCAACGCAAACGUCGUGGACAAGAACAUGUGCCCUCUGUUUCAACCAGUGACAGGUGGCUGCAGUGGUUUGAAAAAAAGGACAUGGAAAAGAAAGAAAUCGAAGACGCCAAGAAAGCAAGGAUCGCGGAGCGAAAAAACAAGAAAAAACAGAGGGAUGAGGAAAAGCUUCUGAAGGCCUCUCUUCAGAAGAACCAACAGAGAAAAGGUCGAGGAAAAGCUAAGCAAAAAGUGGCCUGUUCCGACAAAGUCGCUAAUGCAAGUUAA